AUGGCCCAGCGCCUGCACAGUCCCCUGCUCCUGCUGGCUGCCCUGGCCCUGGCCCUGGCUGUGAACUCCCAGAGAAACUCCAAAGUCGGAGCCCCAUGGGAUGCAGAUGUCAAUGACAAGGAUGUGCAGGAGGCACUAAAAUUUGCCCUCAGCGAGUACAACAAGGCAAGCAACGAUGAGAACCACAGCCGUGUACUGCAGGUGAAGAGUGCCCAGAAGCAGGUUGUGGCUGGAAUAAACUAUUUUCUGGAUGUGGAGAUAGGCCGAACCAAAUGCACCAAGUCCGAGCCCAACAAAGAGAGCUGUCCCUUCUAUGAGCAGCCAGACUUGCUGAGGAAAAAGCUCUGCUCCUUCCAGAUAUACACUGUCCCCUGGCUGAGCGAGAAAUCCCUGGUGAAGUCCCACUGCCACGAUGCAUAGAGGACCCCGUGACAGGCCCCUUCACACUAUCAUCCUCCUUGUAGAGCUGCUAAGCUUUUGACCCUGCCCAGGUGAAAGUCCCCUUAGUGUGCCAGCACCAGGAGACAAAUAAAGGGUUCUGGGGCAUUUUUGGACAGCUUAGUGACUCUACCUCCUUU